ACUGCUCGCUUCGCUUCAACUACUCAGCUCUCCGUCUCUGCUUUAAUUUACACGCUUUUGUCGCCGCUGUUUAACCGGGGCAUUGGCAUGGCCAUUGGCCACUAUAACAACUCCCGAGCUACAGCCCGCACGGCCGCCAUGCGUCCAUCCGUCGAGAGCCCCAUGUACGCCGCCAUGGAGGGGAGCACCGGAUACCUGAUGACACCGUCGCGGUUGCUCUUCGUCUUCUUCCUCGCCUUGGCCUUCCUCGCGCAAUGCGGUGGUGCAAGAGUGCUGAGGCCAGAGAAGAUGCUGCUGGGACACUACUCUUACUCCAGCACACCGGCCAUGCCUCCAUACGCCGAGUUGUUCGCACCACCAAACCCUCCUUCUCAUCCUCCCGGUUCUCCCAACUGCGUCCUCACUCCAGACACGCCACCGCCACCGCCGGCGGCGAACACUGUCCAGACGCCGGCCUUCGUCUACUCGUCCCCACCGCCGCCGGAGGUGGAAUACUACUACCCGCCGCCUUACAUCAGCCCAAACCCACCAGAUAUCAGCCCAAGCCCGCCGCCCACGGUUGCACCGCUCCCACCCAUCGUUUAUCCAAGCCCACCAGAAGUCACUCCUAGCCCACCAGAGGUCGCGCCGUAUCCAAGUCCCAGUCCACCCGAAAUCUCACCGAGCCCACCAGAGAUAUCACCGAGCCCACCAGAGGUUGCGCCGAGCCCACCGCCCACUGUUACGCCGCUCCCGCCCAUCAUUUACCCAAGUCCACCUGGAGCCACACCAAGCCCACCGGAAGUCGCGCCGUAUCCAAGUCCCAACCCACCCGAAAUCUCACCGAGUCCACCAGAGAUAUCACCAAGCCCACCAGAGAUAUCACCGAGCCCGCCGGAGAUCGCACCAAGCCCACCGGAGAUCUCGCCGAGCCCACCGAGCUACGAACCAACACCACCCAGCAUUGUGCCAAGCCCGCCGGAAAUCACACCGAGCCCACCGGAGAUCUCGCCGAGCCCACCGAGCUAUGAACCAACACCACCCAGCAUUGUGCCAAGCCCGCCGGAAAUCACACCGAGCCCACCGAGCUAUGAACCAACACCACCCAGCAUUGUGCCAAGCCCGCCGGAAAUCACACCGAACCCACCGGAGAUCUCGCCGAGCCCACCGAGCUAUGAACCAACGCCGCCGACCAUUGUGCCAAGCCCACCGGAGUACGCGCCAGAGCCACCAGCGUACGUGCCGAGUCCGCCAGAGUAUGCACCAGAGCCGCCGACGUACGUGCCUAGCCCGCCAGUCUACGCGCCGUAUCCACCCGGGAUCAUCCCGAGCCCUCCAGAGUAUGCGCCGGAACCACCAGGGAUCGCCCCGAGCCCACCGGAAUACGCGCCAGAACCACCUGGGUUCGUCCCGAGCCCGCCGGCGGUCGUGCCUGGCCCGCCAGAGUUCGCGCCAGAGCCGCCAGGGCCCCCGGCCGUCCCCUCCCCGGGAGGCGGCUUCCUGCCGCCGGUGGUGUUCCCGCCCCCGUUCGCGACACCGUUGCCAGGGGGGACGACGGGCUCGGAGUGGUGCGUGGCCAAGCCGUCGGUGCCGGGGGCCAUCGUGCAGCAGGCCAUGGACUACGCCUGCGGCUCGGGGGCGGACUGCGACUCAAUCCUGCCGUCGCACCCGUGCUUCCGGCCGGACACCAUGCUGGCGCAUGCCUCUUACGCCUUCAACAGCUACUGGCAGCGCACCAAGGCCAACGGUGCCACCUGUGACUUCGGCGGCACCGCCAUGCUCAUCACCAAGGACCCCAGCUAUGAUGGCUGCCACUACAUUUUGAUGUGAUCACGCCAGUCUCACCGACAAAGCAGCCACUGCACUGUUCAUGUGACAAUUUCUUUAGUAUCAAUCGUGGCCUGAAGAGCUUUGGAAGAUCCUUGGAACUAUAGACAAACAUGCUGUUCUGAUGUUACUGAAGGAACUUGCAGUGGGUCACUGAUUUUGUAUAGGGUACAAAAGACUCCAUCAGCCAUCCAUUCCAUCCUAUUUAGACAGUCUCUUCUAACUCACCUCCUUUUUUGGCACUUCUUAUUGUUUUGUAUUAUUCUGAUGUACAAGGUAUGUAAUAUCAUAGAAGUAAAUAAGCCCCUGAUGAAGGUACAG